AUAAACCUAUGCAAGCAAGUUGGUCACAGGUGUCCUUGAAUGAGGGAGCUCAUCAACUAAGGUUGUAUGCCCAGGGACCCAAUGGCGUGGACCCCCUCACAGAAUCCUGCCUGCGUGAUGCUGGUACAAGGAUCAUACCCUGUGCCUCAGUUCUUGUCAGACUUGUCAAAGUUACCAGAGGCUCUGGUGGAAAGGCCCUAGAAUCGAGUAAAGUUCCAAAGGGAGACUGGCUACGUAUGGGAUUAUGGCAGCCACGUCCAAAAUACUCGGACCGUGUAUACUACUCCACAAAGGCCAUGCCAACACGCGGGGAGACUCGGCUAUUCCACAGUAUGAUGAGACGGACAAGGAGAACGAUUCGAGAAGUUAUAGCCCUCGUUGCCUCGGCUAAGGAAAGCUUCCUGAGAAGUGAUAAAAACAUGGAAGAAUAUAUCAGAAAUCAGUUGACCAAAACGCCAGAUACAAAAACGUUGGAGCAAGAUCUCAACUUUGUUUGUCAGUAUAGUCCUAAACAUGGAAUAAAGGUAGCAAUAGACAGUGCAGUAAACCUGCCAUGGUCAAACUUUACCCAUGCCCACAUGUGUCUCAAUCCACCGGCUGCCUUCUAUCUGGGUGCUCCUCAUGCAACUUACGACAAGUUGACAUUUACAGAACUUCUGGAUGUCCGCAGUACAAACACCUCACCCCAGUGGAAAGAUGGCUUCAAGCAUUUUCCCCGCCGUUCGUAUCAUCGUUUCCUCACCAUGAUCAUCCAUCUACAAGAAAUCUCAGUCAGUGUAGCGAAGGAAAACUACAAAUAUGGUCUCCUAGAGCAGGCUUGGACAGCAGUGCAAAUAUUUACAGAUAAGUAUUGUACAACACAGGCAUUCCAACUUCCUUUGUUUGCUGGUUCCCCCUCACAGACGAUACUCAAACAGUUGGCACGGGAACCAUGCAAGGAAUGGAUGGAGAGGAACAUCAGAAAUAAUGGGAUACAUUUGUUAGAGGGAUCUGCUAUAUUUGUACGCGUAGCAGAUGCUCGGAGAGACGAUGAACUUGUUUCAGAUAUUUCGCACAACAAACUGGUUGAAGUGAACACAGACUAUAUCCCAGUUGGUCUGGAGGAAAGUUAUUCUCGAGAAAGGCCCGGUAAACCUCUCGAGUCUUUGGUACCUGUUGGAAAAACACCGGAACAAUUCGUAGAUAAUCUCAAGGUCAAGUUCAAGAGUCUUGUAUACAAGUUAUACGAGGAAGGUAAUGUAAACAAGUAACAAAGGUCAAGAUCACUCUUAGAAGUAGGUCAGUUGCAGUAACCAAAUGGAGGUUUCCAUAGCAACUAGAACAAAAGAUUAGCAAGCAACAAUAUUUUCAUUUUUAUAAAUAACAGAGUGUGACACUUGAAAGGAUCAGUGGAAAGGCCAUAUUGUGCAUCUAAAAAUUGUUUUGUUUGAAAUGACAUGAUCUCAAAAUAGUAAGCUAAAUAUAGUACAGAAUUCUAAGAAGAUUAUAACAGCAGACGUAAACACCAGUUGAGAGAUGCAUGUGAUAUCUCUUAUGUUGUUACUAUAUUCACUAAUAUUUUGAAAUAACUUUAUUGAUUUAAUUGAUAAUUCUUGCACACUUUUCUUCAAUUGUCAUGAGGCAAAAUCACUGUUGCACCAAAUGCAGCUCCACAUAAGAUUAAUAAAAAAUACAGAAUAUAUAUAUAGUUGCAAGAUUAUUAUUUCAGUCUGUUUUGACCAAAGUCAUUCACAUAUUAAUUUAUUUAUAUUCCACAUUUGACAUUGAGUUUGUUCAACCUUUCCAGUACAUGUAUAUUAAAUAGUUUUGUUCAUGUAGAAUUUUGUAUUGAGCACACUGUAAGAUAAGUCACAAAGAAAAUAUGUGUAUAUGUGUCAUAAGUUAACUUUGUUUUUGAAUAAUCAUUGUAAAAUAUUUUUAUGUUAAUGCAUCAUGUUCUUAGCUCCCCUGAGCCAGGUUCAUAGUUUAGCAUGCUGGACAGGUUUGAUUCUCACUUUGCGACCAGUGUAGAUCAUGAUCAGCCUGCAUAUCUGUGCAGUCUGAUCAAGAUCUGCACUGUUUGCUAUUCAGUCAGUAUCUUUUUGAUAAGCACCCCUUUUAACAGUUAAUGGCACUGCCUAAAUUGGAUUUGGACAAGUUCAUUUUAGAAAUUCAGCAAGGUAAGGGUUAAGAUCAUUUUUCCUGUUUUCAUCAUUGGCUUAGAAAAGAAGUUCACCCAUGAUUGGUACUUCAGCUUCAGGUUUAUAGCUAAUGUAUUUCUACUUUGCUUCGACCAUAUUUGGUAUGUCAGCAAUUUUUUUAUCUUAGUGGCAGAAAUUGCAGUUUCAUAUUCAUAGACUGGGGUAUUUUCACUGUUGUAUGUCAAUUUUAGGUCAGUUUUACCUGUAAGUUUUUUCCUCUGUUUUACGGACCUGGUCAGGCAUUCCUCAGCUUUAGCUCCACUAUUCAGAGAAUAGGGGGGGGGCUAUACUACUCGCCCCGGCGUUGGCAUCGGCGUGACCCUUCAUGGUCAAAAUUUUUCGGCAACCUUUGUUUUUCUGUCAUAUCUUUCUUACUAUUGCUUAUAUCUUACUGUAACUUCACAUAAACAUUGUCCAGUAUACAAACUAAGUAUGUGUAGGGGCUGAGCCCAUUAUACCCAAGGUCAAGGUCACCAAGAUGUUAUACUUAGGUUAUUUCUUAGGUUUAAGUUUUUUGGCAACCUUUGUUUUUCUGUUAUAUCAUACUGUAAGUUCACAUAAACAUUGUCCAGUGUAAAAACAAAGUAUUUAUAGGGGCUUGACCCAUUAUAACCAAGGUCAAGGUCAAGGUCACCAAGGAGUUAUACUUAGAAUUAUUUUCA